AUUUUUGCUCUGUGUUUCUGUUUAUUUUGACUGCUAUUUGUGUGGAAGUGUGUGUCGAUGGGUAAAGUGCAGGUGAAAGCCGGGCCGUUCGCCCGGAGACCCGAUAAUUCGGCCUUCAAACAACAAAGAUUGCCAGCGUGGUCUCCUUCCUUGAUGCCACAGACCGUUCUGCCUAUCUUCUAUUCUCUCUCUUUAGUGUGUGUGGUGCUGGGAGUGUGGCUCCUCAUAACAGUACAGAACACAUACCAGGUUAAGGUUGACUAUACAGAUGCGGGUACGUGUGAGCAGUGCUGGGAGAUGCGCAAAUAUCGCACCAACGCCACUACCCAGUGUGAGUGUGUGGUCAACUUCAGCAUCCCAAAGACCUUCCUGGGGGAUGUCUUUUUCUACUAUGGCCUGAUUAAUUUCCACCAGAACCUGCGCAGGUACAUGGACUCCCGCGAUGAUGCCCAGCUGGUCGGGAGGAAGAAUAGCCUGAAGGCCCCCAGUUCAUACUGUGAGCCGUUUGCUUAUGAUACAAAUGGCGUGCCUAUCGCCCCCUGUGGUGCAGUAGCUAACAGCGUGUUUAACGAUUCGUUUACGUUGUACCAUCAGUCUACGGGCAGAAUAGUUCCACUCCUCAGGAAGGGCAUCACCUGGUACACGGACAAAAACGUCAAGUAUCACAAUCCCAAAUCCAACUCGACGCUUCAGCAAGCCUUCCAAGGUACGGCCCAGCCCUUGUACUGGCAGCGUCCGGUGUAUGAACUCGACCGUACUGAUCCCAACAACAACGGCUUCAUCAAUGACGAUCUGAUCGUGUGGAUGAGAGAAGCGGCCUUCCCCAACUUCAAAAAGCUCUAUGGCAUUCUCAACCGUGCUGAUGCCUAUUUCUCCAACGGCCUCCCUGCCGGCAAUUACAGCGUUCACAUCGCCUACAAUUACCCUGUUCAGUACUUCCAGGGCAGGAAGGAAAUCGUGCUGACCACGUUGACCUGGUUCGGCGGUCACAACCUCUUCCUGCCCAUCGCGUACCUGGUGAGCGGAGGAGUGAUCUUCAUCGCGGCCAUCGCUCUGACGGUGGUGUACAUCAAGGUGGGCCGAGACGGCAGGAACAUGGAGGAGUGAUCGAGCAGAUAGAAGAUCAUAUAGAAGAAUAUGAUUAUGGAAAGUUGACAUAAUCCAAAUAAAGCCCAAAUAUAUUUGUUUACAUCA